AUGAAAGAUCAAAACGUCCAGCUUCUGCGCUACCUCCUUCGAUUUUCUGUUACGGAGAUCGAUAAAGUGAUGUGGAGCAACUCGAAUGCUGAUCAAAAACCCAUGUGUUUCUGGUUUCUCUUUGAACAGCUUAAGCACUACUACUUUCCAGCAAUCUUUCCGAGAAUUUCCGCUGAUUAUACGCUUUACGAUGACGGAAAACUCCCGCCAAUAAUAAUAGAUCUGGCUUCGUAUAAACUCGCACCUGAUGGCUAUCCGACAUCUGAUGCCUGCCUCGCUGCGUAUCAAGAAGAGGUUGUUCGCUGGAUCUCUGAAUUUGUUUAUUUGGGUCCACGUGCAAUGCUGCCUCAAACAAGUACUGGAGAUCAAUCAAAUGCUGCUGCUGACCGCAGUGAAAUGUCAGUCGCUAGCGAGUCAGGUUCCUCAGGCAUGGAUUUUGGCGUUGGAGACCUCUCUUUUGAUGUGCGGAACCCGAUAUCCCAGACUGCAGGCGACGCAUCGGCACCCAACGACACCGCGGCCAUCUCAUUUCCAGCGGCAAGUGGUGGUGGCGACAAUUCAGAAUCUCCUCCGCCUCCUCCUUCCAACGAAGAUGCUACACAUGCACAACAAGACCAACCACUACUUUCCGUAGGCCGCGUUCGGCAGACCGUGAGCGGCUAUUUCGCAGAACAUUUGUUAUCUGACGGCAAAAAUAUUGGCCUUGAACCUGUCCUUCCUAUUCCACCAAAAGGGACGGUAGAAUACACCGGACCCAUGUCCUUCGGGCUUGUCACUAUCCUCAGAUCCUUUCUGUGUCGUCAUUUGCUCGCGACUGCACAGAUAGUUCCUGAGGGACUUAAACACAAAGACACCUUUGGCAGUGUUGCCGCAGUUGUGGGACGUCGUGGACGUGCAGAAUCUGAGUUUUCAUAG